GGCGAAGACUAUGAAAUACACAGUACACACACCAUUUUAAAGACUAGUUUUUCUUUUAUAUGAAAUGAAAAUAGGGUCACUUUUGUGUUAUUGUAAGAAGCAAUAUGAUUGGCCAAUGAAACGUUUCAGUGGUUCCUGAUUGGUCCAAACAUAGAGGGAGACAAAAAUGUAUUUCUUUCAUUGGCUUAAACACUUUUAAUGGCACUAAGGGAAUGUAGUCUUCAUCAUUAGUCAUUACAAAUCCAAGUUGACUACUUGACUUGGAUAAUCAACAACACGUAGCUAUAUAUUCCACGAAGGGCAAUACUGCAAUUAAGCCAAAGAAGUACGGGCUUUCUCUUGAUCCUAUUUCUAUAAUUAGGAACCUUUCUUUAUAGUCUUCACUCUUUACUCUUUAGCACCAUUCCAUUGCUCUCUGCCAAUGGCGGACCGCUUUUGUAAUAUGCAAUAUUUGGCAUUAACUCUCUCACUGCUCUUCUCUCUCUUUCAGUCUUCACUUGCGGAAAUCUUUUUUGAAGAGCGAUUUGAUGAUGACUGGCAAUCUCGCUGGGUUGAAUCUGACUGGAAAAGGACAGAGGGAAAAGCUGGUUCUUUUAUACACACACAGGGAAAGUGGCAUGGAGACCCAGAUGAUAAAGGUAUUCAAACAUCCAGUGAUGCCAAACAUUUUGCCAUCUCUGCCAAGAUACCAGAGUUCUCCAAUAAAAACAAAACAUUGGUCCUACAGUAUUCUGUAAGGUUUGAGCAGGAGAUUGAAUGUGGUGGGGGCUAUAUAAAGCUUCUCUCCGGAUUUGUCAAUCAAAAGAAAUUUGGAGGGGACACCCCUUAUAGCUUAAUGUUCGGACCGGAUCUAUGUGGCACAGACACAAAGAAGCUUCAUGUUAUACUAUCCUACCAGGGCCAAAAUUAUCCCAUCAAGAAAGAUUUGCAGUGUGAAACUGAUAAGUUGACUCAUUUCUACACAUUCAUUCUUAGGCCUGAUGCAACCUACAGUGUCCUUGUGGACAACAGAGAAAGAGACUCAGGAAGCAUGUACACAGAUUGGGAUAUUCUUCCUCCAAGAAAGAUUAAAGAUUUGAAAGCAAAGAAGCCUGCAGACUGGGAGGAUAAAGAGUACAUUGAUGAUCCUAACGACUUCAAACCCGAGGGUUAUGAUUCUAUUCCAAGAGAAAUUCCUGACCCAAAAGCUAAAGAGCCUGAACACUGGGAUGAAGAUGAGGAUGGUGUAUGGAAACCACCAAAGGUACCAAAUCCAGCUUACAAAGGACCGUGGAAGCGCAAGAAAAUCAAGAAUCCCAACUACAAAGGAAAAUGGAAGGUUCCAUAUAUUGAUAAUCCAGAGUUUGAAGAUGACCCUGAUCUGUAUGUGCUUAAGCCAAUCAAAUAUGUGGGCAUUGAAGUUUGGCAGGUUAAGGCUGGUUCAGUUUUUGACAACAUUUUAAUCUGUGAUGAUCCUGAGUAUGCAAAACAAGUUGUUGAGGAUGUAUUUGCCCAUAGAGAGGCUGAAAAGGAUUCCUUCGAGGAAGCAGAAAAAGUGAGAAAAGCACAGGAAGAAGAGGAAGCUCGGCGAGCUAGAGAAGAAGGCGAAAGAAGGAGACGAGAGAGGGGUCAUGACCACCGAGGGCGGCGAGACAAAUACAGGGACAAAUAUAGAAAGCGUUAUGAUCGCCACUGGGAUGAUUAUCAUGACGAGCUUUGAUUGGUUUUGCCGCGUCUGUUUUCCAAAUCGUUUCAUUGCCAAAAAAAUGUCUUUCAUCCAUUGUAGUUCACGUUUUAGAUCCAGUCAAGUUUAUCCAUCUUGGCCAGAGCAAUGAUGCUUAAUGUGUUUUUCUUAUGCAUUGCUUGCUAGAUUACCUUAUGGUAGCAGUAUAUUUUUACAUAAACCAAUGCUGCGAUUGACAGCUAUUCUUCUGUAGUAACUGUAUGGGGCAAAGGCUUUUAGCCUGCGGCUUUCAAUAAUAAUGUAUUUCAGCAAAAA